UUGCCUGUCAGCUCUCAAUCAUUAUCAGUGAUUUAAUAAUAGAUCCAAUACAUGAUAUGAUAUGAGUUUUAACAUUUUAAACAAUGAAAAUGAUCAGCACGGAAUCCUGCUCAGAAAGCUGUGAUGUUUGAUCCAGGUCUUCACAAAAAUUUAAGAUGACUCUCUUAUAAUCAUCAGAGUGCAAAUCAAGCAUAAUUCUAAUUAAACAGCUUGUAAUCUGAGUUUCAUUGGCAGUAUCCUCAGUGGAAGUGCAUCUUCAUUUCUGAAGUAUGGAAACAGUUUCCCUUGAGAAGUGUGUGUGAAGGUGUGUAUGUGUGCAUUAGUAUCAAGAUCAAAGAAUGACAGUUUGCCUUUGUCAAAGUCCAGAUGAACUCUGUGUCGGGCCUGGACCUUAAUGUGCUCUGCUGUUUGAUCACAGUUCCCUUUAACUAGUUCAAACAGCUUCAGUUUCUCCCGUAAAGGCUUCAGGGAUUUCUGCAGCUCCUCUUUGUGAUCCUGUGCAGCUUCUUUUAUAGAGUGUUAUCUGAUCCACAUCUCAUCUCCACACUGAGAAGCUGAUCCUGCACAGCUCAGCGUCAGUCACAACAAAAAGGAGAUGCGUUGCCUGCUAACAACCCAGAGCCAGAACUUCUACCGAGAGCAGAUUCAGAAGGAGAUGUUGACCCGUUUAGCCUGGAAGAGCCGCUAUGCUAAGCUCUACCCGUCCAGCUACAAUCCCCGAAACAACAGCACAGAGCCAACACAGCUGCCACAGCUGGCUGCUGACCCCCGGGCUGUCCUGCCUCCUGUUACCAGGACAACUGAGAAGCAGAGCAACCUUCCUCCUUCUCGUUCUCAUCCUCCUCCUCAUCCUCCUCCUCCUCCUCCGCCUGUGGUCUCUUCGGAAGGGGAGGGCCAGCUCAGUGUGGCCCCCCUGAUGAGGCCAGUCUCUCCUGAGACCAGACACACUCUCUAUCAGGACUCCUCACAUAACGGGAAAGGGCGGAGUCUGUAUCUGCAGAGGCGCCGCCACAUCAGACCUGAGGAGAAGUUUGAUUUUCCCGUGCUCUCCUCCUGGGAGUACGGAUGGAGGCUGGGUGAUUACUCGCUGAAUUACAGAACUCCAUCCUGCACGAAGUCGUCAGUGGUGAAGAAUACGUUCUACGCCAGGAACGGUGUGUUUAGCAGCCCGUUGGCCAUCGACACACUGGGCUGAAGUUCUGCCUUCAGACACCAGGGGUCGCUCUCUAAUGAAACUGUAGAACAGCAAACUUAUAUGGCUUUUAUGUGACAGACACCAUUCAUGUUGGUUUUAAGACCAGCCCGUUUUCAUUUCCAGAGCGUCGAAUACCAACACCCAGGAAACCACAGAUCGUGUCCUGUGUGAAACCAAGUCACCCAUUUUUCAACGUAACGUUACACAAUUAUGUACGUUAUGUAAUUUCUUUUCUAAACCUAGCCACAACAUUAACCUUGUGUUACAAUGUGUUUCAGUUGUGCGUCACAUAGACCCGUUAAAAAGUUCCCUGUACAUCACUGCGAGACCCCAAGGAGUGUGACAAAGCCUCGGUAUUCGACCACCUGGGAAUGAGACCCGACAGCAGGUUGUUUAGGACACACACAGAUUUGGAUUUAAUGGCCAAACAAAUUCCAAAAUGUGCCCCAGCUCAUGUCAGUUUGGGGUUUGGGGGUAUUAUUAACCAUUUUUAGAUCAUGUGAAAUGGCACCUUUGGGAGUGAAUAUACAAUCUUAGCCAUUGGUAAUGCUUAAAUAAAACUUCCAUUAAAAUUGCUGGUUGUUUUUUUUUUUCAUUUUACCAGGCUUUCCAAUAUUUCUAAAGGUAAUUAUUGAGUGACUUGAUUUAAAAACUCUAGUGUCAGAUGUUAGACAUCAACAAGAAGAGCAACAAAUGGUCGGAUAGAACAAAUCUGUAAGACCAACACACAUAUACGAUGAGGUUAAAGGGGUAUGUCCAUCCAUGUUCCUUUUGGUAACAAUGAUCCUUUACUUCCUGUAACACUGUCUGUUUACCAU